GGCACCCAUCCUCCGAGUACCCCAGGACACCGCACGCGCAGGCAGGCAGCAAUGGAAGGCGCCACAUCGUCCCUCACGCGCUCCCUCUCCCUCGCCCCCCGCCCACGCCGCCGCUCUCACCACAACCUGCCCACCCUCUCCCCCGCGCCCCGCGUGCUCCCGCUCCGCCGCGCCAGAUCUGACGCCCACGACCUCCUCGGAUCCAUGGCCACCGCCGCCGCAGCGGCAACAUCCUCCGCCGCCACCGUCCUCCCCCGCCCACGGACCCUCGACAGGGACAACGACUGCCUCUUCGCCGGCCCGGGCAACGGCAACGGCAACAACGACAACAGAUCCGGCAACGGCGGCGGCGGGGGCGGCAACGGCGGCGGGAGCGGCCAGAGCGCCGGCAUGGGGGAGCACUACCGGCGCGCGCUGAGCCUGGACCCGUCCAACCCGCUGCUGCUGCGCAACUACGGCAAGUUCCUCCACGACGUGCAGCGCGACCUCCCCGGUGCCCAGGACUGCUACGCGCGCGCCAUGCUCGCCUCCCCCGCCGACGCCGACCUGCUCAGCCUCUACGGCCGCGCGCUCUGGGAGGCCGGCCAGGGCCACGGCCAGGCGUAUAGGGACGGCAGCAAGGACCGCGCCGAGGGAUACUUCCAGCGCGCCGUCCAGGCCGCGCCCGACGACUGCCACGUGCUCGCCUCCUACGCCAGCUUCCUCUGGGACGCCGAGGAAGACGACGUGGAGGACCAGGUCGCCUGUGGCUCUCCGGCGUCCUUUGUGCCGGCGUGCUGACACAACCUUGAUCUCGGCCAUCUCAUCUGCGGUCUGCUGUACUGUAACAUAGGAGGCGCGCCGGCUGGAAGCAGGGUGAUGGAGAGGACGGAUUACGUACGGCGGCGGACGUAAUCUGGAGCUGAGGAAGGAGACGACGGAUGACCCGAAAGGAUCCGGAUCGAUCGCCUGGGGAGGCGUCGGUGAAUGACUACUACUGCUCUACUAAAUUAAGUUCUUAAGUUCUAAUCUGCUAGUAUUAACAAUCAAUCGCGCGCCUACUGCACUACUGCAGUGCUUAAUAUGGAGUAUUUUUUUGAGAAUAAAAGGUCAAUUUCUUUCUGUACUCUACUAAUAAUCAGAAUCGAUCGUGAUGCUACACAGAUCGAGCGAGCUUGGAGGAAUGAUGUUGCCUGUUUAAUUACUGUACUGCUCAGCUCGAUCAUCAACUAAUGCUGCUCGAUCAACCUUAA